UCAACAAUUGGGGAAAGAAAUAACUUCUUGAAAUCAAAUUCAUCAUCUCACUGCCUUUUUCUAUUGUUUGCUAAUUUAAACCCUCAUUUCUUUCUCUCUCUAACAACCCGUUUCUUUCUCUCUCUAACUGCUUAUCUGUCUUUCCCCAAUUUCUCCCAUCAUCUCAAAAAACAAAACAAAAAUCCCCAAUUAAACCAAGCCCUAGAUCAACACCCCAUAACUGUCACAACAACACAGGGACACGUGCCACCUGGAUACUUUAGACGUUUGGGGAAACCGAGGGCUCAAGACGAUUUGAUAUUGAGGAAGAGAGAUAGGAUGCGGAGGUGGUUGUGUUGUACCUGUCAAGUCGAAGAAUCUUACCCCUCAAAUGAAAACGGAUUGACGAAAAGCCACAGUGCCAAUGCUGAUGGGCACCAAAAGGACAAAGUACCGCCUCCUGUCAAAUUCGAUGCGCAAAAACCCGUGCCAACAAUCGAAGUGCCUGCACUUUCACUUGAUGAACUGAAAGAAAAAACCGAGAACUUUGGAUCAAAAGCAUUGAUCGGUGAAGGUUCAUAUGGAAGAGUUUAUUUCGCAAAUUUAAAUAGUGGUAAAAGUGUGGCUGUCAAAAAGCUUGAUGUUUCUACCGAGGCUGAAUCGGAUAACGAGUUUUUGACUCAGGUUGCGAUGGUCUCAACAUUGAAGCACGAGAAUCUUGUUGAGCUAUGCGGUUACUGUGUGGAAGGAAAUACGCGUGUCUUGGCUUAUGAAUUCGCAACCAUGGGAUCUCUACAUGACAUAUUGCAUGGCAGGAAGGGUGUGCAAGGAGCACAACCGGGGCCCGUGCUUGAUUGGAUGCAGCGCGUAAAGAUUGCUGUUGAUGCAGCAAAGGGACUCGAUUAUUUGCAUGAAAAGGUCCAGCCGUCAAUAAUUCACAGAGAUGUUAGGUCCAGCAACGUGCUACUAUUUGAGGAUUUAAGAGCCAAGAUUGCCGAUUUCAAUCUUUCGAAUCAAGCACCUGAUAUGGCUGCACGUUUGCAUUCUACUCGUGUGUUGGGAACUUUUGGCUAUCAUGCGCCAGAAUAUGCAAUGACGGGACAGCUGACACAAAAGAGUGAUGUGUAUAGCUUCGGGGUUGUUCUGCUUGAACUUUUAACUGGUCGGAAACCUGUUGAUCACACAAUGCCACGUGGACAACAAAGCCUUGUCACUUGGGCUACACCAAGGCUGAGUGAAGACAAGGUCAAACAAUGUGUUGACCCGAGGCUCAAGGGAGAGUACCCUCCAAAAGCAGUUGCAAAGCUGGCGGCAGUGGCGGCUUUAUGUGUGCAAUAUGAGGCUGAGUUUCGGCCUAAUAUGAGCAUUGUUGUGAAAGCUCUUCAACCACUGUUGAGAGCUCCUGCACCCGCAGCAGCAGCAGCAGCUCCAGAAGUAUAAUGUGAACGACAAAGCAAAGGAGUUUGUGAGCGUUGAUUUGCAUCCGUAGAUUUUGGUUUGAACGAGGCAUAUAAUAGCGUUAUCGUUGCAUUUAUAUUUUUUGGUUUGAAAACAUGGAUGCGUGGUUAUGUUCAGAUUGGUCUGUGACAUAUCUUUGGUUUGUCAAGAUUUGUUUAAUAAGGGAAUAUAUGGUUUUUAUGGUGAACUGCUAUCAGUUGUCACAUUUUUCUUUUUAUGAGUACUUGUUGAAACACAAAAAAGAGAAAAUAACUAAAAUAGUUUUUUUUUUUU